UGUCGUCGGUAAAUGAGCAGCCAUGGCAUGGCAGCAGCAGCGGCGAAACUUCUCCCCCACCUUCUCCGGUUCCCCUCGUGCGCGGCGUAUAUAUACGCGCACACCUACACGCCCCCGCGCCCCGCCUCGCUCGCUCCAGUCUAGACGUGGCGGUUUGACUUUCUGACCGGGGAAUCGGAACGGAGGUGCGCCGUCGUCCCUUUGGGGAGAGGAGAGGAGACGGGAUCUUCGCUGGGGAAUUCGGAGCCGGUGUGGGGUUGAUUCACUCACUCGCCGCGGUUCUUGGAGGCGGAAGGGCGCGCGGGGGAGAGGAGACGCGUCUUCGCUGGAUUCUGCCCUCUCGGGCUACGAUCGAGGAGGAGCUAAACUUUAGGCGGAGGAACCAAACACCCCCUUAAGCUUUGUUAGCAGCAGAUAUUAAAAGGUAGCAUAAUGAAGGCACCGUCUCUACUGGUUCAGUGUUUCCCUGGCUUGCUUCCCAGCAAGGCCACUAGUUGCGUGCCAAUUGUAUCUGAGAAGGAUCUGCAGCUACCUUCUCCAGCUGUUGAAAUAAUCCCCUCAAAGAGCGCCCAUCCUUACAAAUAUGCUGGUGAGAAGGUCGAUGUGCAAGGUCUUGAUAUUUUCAAGGGGAAGGUCAGUGUAGCGGAUAUGAUAGCCUUUUCACCUUCAGAAGUAGCAUCAGCAAAAUACGAUGGAACUCUGAAAUAUUGGGAGAGUUCCAUCACUCUUGUCAACAUUCUUAAAAAUGAGAUCCGUGAUGGACAGUUGAGCUUCAGGGGGAAGCGGGUUCUAGAGCUCGGAUGUGGAUCUGGUCUGUCUGGCAUUUUUGCCUGCUUGAAGGGUGCAUCCACAGUGCACUUUCAAGACAUAAAUGCAGAAACCAUCCGAUGCAGAACAAUACCCAACGUUCUUGCAAAUCUUGAGCAGGCGCGGGAUAGGCAGAACAGACCAUCUGAGAGCCCCGUUACACCAUCUAGGCAGCUGUUGGCUCCCAAUGUGCAUUUCUAUGCUGGCGAGUGGGAUGAACUCCCUACAAUUCUCUCAGUUGUGCAGCCACCCGCUGCACCAACAAACCUUAGCUUUUCUGAGGAUGAUUUUAUGGAUGGCUGCAGUAGUCAUGACGGGAGUAGUAUAGUUGGUCAUGACUACUGCCCCCGACGAUCUAGAAAGCUUUCUGGUAGCCGCGCAUGGGAGAGAGCUAGUGAGACUGAUCAAGCAGAUGGUGGCUAUGAUGUAAUUUUGAUUUCUGAUGUCCCCUAUGCUGUGAACUCCCUGAAGAAGCUCUAUGCCCUUAUUUCAAAGUGCCUUCGUCCCCCAUAUGGAGUCUUGUAUGUGGCUUCAAAGAAGAACUUGGUCAGUUCCAAUGGCGGUGCAAGGCAGCUUCGAGCUCUGAUGGAAGAGGAAGGUGUCCUUGGUGGCCACUUCUUAACUGAGUUGUCUGACAGGGAGAUAUGGAAGUUCUUUUUCAAGUGAGCAUAUCCAGAAAGUGGGAAGAGGAGGAAAUGAAUCCUGACCUUUAAGACACAAUUUUUUUAUUUCUAUCCGCAGUAAUGUACAUACGGCGAAGCAUAGUUCCAUUUAUUCUUUGGUAGCAGGUUGAAAGAAUUUGAAAAAAAUGUGUAGGUGAGCUUGCUCAAGUAUUGGAAACUUUACUGUUAGUAGAUCUGCAGUGUCGUUAUAUUAAGUGCAGAAAGCAACUGUAUUCCCCUUUUGCAUACCGGAUAUAUGAUGAUGGCGAUUCAGUCAGAUCAUAAUAUUAGAAACUUUCACAAAUUGCGCAUCUUCCUGAGGAUGUGUGCACUGUUGUGAGUUGGUUGGUA